AUGGGAGGAGGUUACCAACCCAACUGGAACCCAAACAAUAAGAUCCUCAGUCCCCGCUAUGGUGGAGGCUAUGGUUAUGGAGGUGGGCACGGAGGUAUGGGAGGUGGCUCUCCCUUCUCACGCUCAGUUCAGGGUAUGGGACACUACCCCUCUACUCAGUCCAAGGGCUUUGCUAAGAAGGCUCUUAUGGCUGCAGGGGUUGGGGCCGUGGCAGGUAUGGCGGUUGGCUAUGGCCUUGGGCGUUUCCCUCGUCCACACUUCAACUUCCGCAACCCUCAGGAGGAGCAGUCCUACAACAACUACAUGUACAGCAAAUACGGCGAACGCUCCACAGACGAAAACGACUAUGGCCGGGACUACACCUACAAAGUACCACCGCGGGCAGAGUCCUACGACAGCUUCAUGGAUACCUGCAUGAAGAGAAAAGACCUUCUGCAGGACCAGGGCAGAGACUCCCAGGCCACACCUAACAACCAGAUGAACAACCCCCAGGGAUCCAACAGCCAGAGCAUACCCAUCACUCCUGAGGUGGGGAACAGCAGUCCAGCUAGCAACCAGGAGGGAACAGACAAAGUGAAGCCUCUCACCCCUGCUCCUGGGGAGAUAGCUGGAGAAGAUAAGGAGGAGGUUGACGGCCCCACAGUGAGCAUUGAAGAGAUUGGUUACCCUGCGUUGGUGGAGCAGCUGAAGAACCGGAAGUGUGUGGAGCUGUACAUAAACUACUCAGAGAUCUUCCUGGAGAAGCAGACAGCUGAACGCAGCAGCAGCGGCAGCAACAACAACAACAACAAAAAUCUGAACAGUCGCAGCAACCCCCUCGGUCAGGGGCUGGUACAGCUGAUAACCAGCCUCCUCAUGGUCCUGAGCAGCACUCUUCUGCUGCACUGA